AAGGUACAAAACAUGAAGAAAGAAAUCAAUCAAUUCAGAUUCAACUAAAGGUUGAAGAUUUAGCAAAACAAUGGAAGAAGUGAAGCUGAUUGCUACACAUCAAAGCUUCCCUUGUGCCAGGGUAGAAUGGGCUUUAAGGAUAAAAGGUGUUGAAUAUGAGUACUUAAAAGAAGACUUAGCAAAUAAGAGUUCUUUGCUUCUUCAAUCUAACCCUGUCCACAAGAAAGUUCCAGUGCUCCUACAUAAUAACAAGCCUAUAGCUGAAUCACUUGUCAUCCUGGAGUACAUAGAUGAGACAUGGAAGAAGAACCCUUUGCUACCACUUGAUCCAUAUGAGAGAGCACAGGCUCGCUUCUGGGCUAGGUUUAUUGAUGAGAAGUGUGUGUUAGCUGUAUGGGGAGCUACCGUGGCGCAAGGAGAAGAGAAAGAGAAAGCUGUGGGUGCUGCACUAGAGUCUCUGGCACUUCUUGAGAAGGAAAUUCAAGGGAAGAAGUAUUUUGGUGGAGAGAAGAUUGGUUAUCUUGAUAUUGCAGCUGGCUGCAUGUCUCUUUGGUUCAGUGUCCUGGAAGAGCUUGGAGAGAUGGAGCUACUCAAUGCUGAGAGGUUCCCUUCUCUUCAUGAAUGGAGUCAGAACUUCUUACAGACUUCACCUGUCAAAGAUUGCAUUCCAUCCAGGGAAAGUGUGGUUGAAUAUUUCAGCUUUGGCAUCAACUAUGUGCGUUCCUUAGCAGCAUCCAGUAAAUCUUGAAACUGAAAAUAUACCUUUAAUCAACUACAUGCAUCAUUUAUAAUUGUUCACAUUGUUUGUAUUGGAAUUGGAGUUUGGCUUCAAAUAGUGUUGGUUAUCUUAUCAUAUGUAGUUGUGUGAAAUGUGUAAUCAGUUUUCUGUGCAAUGGUGGCACUACUAGCUAUAGUGAAAUUUUCAGUUAGCUAUGCUAUAUUGUGGUUUCAUGUGACAAUGCAAUUAAUAGUAGUUUAUUAUCGGUUCCUGAGGAGAGAAAGAAAGAAAGUUUUCUUUUGUUCUGUAUGGCUAAUUCAGCAGUAAAGAUAGAUACUGCUUAAAUAGAAGAAAAACAAAGUACAUUAA